AGAAUUUACAAAAACACUGUUGACGAACAAUGGACGAUAAAACGUCAAUAUACAAGAUGCUUUUAAUUUAAGCGCGUGUUAAGAAGUUAGUAACCGUUACGACGUUUUUAAUAAGUAAGAUGUAUUGUAGAAACGUAUGUUUACGACACCCCUCUUUGUUCAGAAAAUGGUACGCGCCAUUUUUUCCCUGCCUCACUCACACAUCGUUUGCUGCUUCGCUCUCUCUGUACAUUGAGACCCGGUUAUUUACACAAAAUACUGUCAGUCUCUAGUGUGGCCGAUCGGGGACAGAAUAUGAUAUUAUUUUCGUCUACAAGUCGGAUAGCGGUGGUUAUUUAAAAAAGACACGUUUUUGUCGAGCGCUGGGAUUUAAAUGAUGUCCUGUCAUGUCGGCGUCUUCACAGAAGAGCGAAUGAAACAUAAUCUGGAGCGCGAGAGUGAAGGACAAACCACGCAUCUUUAUUUCCGCUGACGAGGACGAGCAUCUCAACAUCGAAAUCAAAAUCGACAUUUAUUUCCAUCUAUUUAAAGAACGAUCGGGAGGCCAUACAUAAGGAUAUAAAACAGCACAACUUUAAGACUUAAUCAAUUGACUGGAAUGAAUUAAAGGCAUUAUGUCAUCAAUGAUAAAAAGUGACAUCAAAUUGUAAUAAUUUCCAAUUAUAUUUUUAAAUAGUUACUUUGCCUUAUUUAUUAAUUUUUAAAUGUCUAAUUUUCCAUUGCUGGGCACUGGAGAAGAAUAGAAAUUUAGGAACUAUAAAUACCAUGAAAUUUUCACUUUCGCUCUUGCCACAAACUACUGUGGGCUGUUAUUUAAUUGAAGAUUUAUAAUGUUGGACUCAAAGAUGAAGGACGUGUGUCGCAUCUGUGCAAGGGAGCUGUGUGGUAACCAGCGGCGAUGGAUCUUCCACCCAACAGCCAAGCUGAGUCUGCAGGUGCUGCUGUCCUACGCAUUGGGCAGGGAAAUGACCCGAGACGGCAGGGGAGAGUUUGCCUGCAGCAAGUGUGCCUUCAUGCUGGACCGAAUGUACCGCUUUGACACUGUGAUCGCCAGGGUGGAGGCCUUGUCCGUCGAACGGAUGCAGAAGCUCUUGUUGGAGAAAGACAGGCUCAGACAGUGCAUUGGUGGACUGUACCGCAAAAACAACGCUGAUGAUUUUGGAGUGGAUAGCGGUGCUGUGGACUCUUCUGUAGUUGACUUCUCCAGGUUGGCUGAAUCUGAAUACAACGUUCUACUGCAGGACGAUCUGACAUACUCUAUCUAUGAGUCCUGGGCUGAGCAAGGCGCUCAAGAGCAGGUUCAAGACCACCAAUGCCCUGUUCACCAUCAAUGCCAUGCGACAGCGGACGCCACUUCAGGUCCCCGUCCCAGGAAGUGCAAAGGCUGCGCUGCACUGCGAGUGGCAGAUUCAGAUUAUGAGGCUGUCUGCAAGGUUCCCAGGAAGGUGGGUCGGAGCACUUCCUGUGGGCCCUCCACACGGUACUCCGGUAGUGUUCUGGACAGCGCUGAGGAAACUGUCCCAUCCGCUCCUCCACCAGAACCUGAACCUGUCGAGAACAACCAAACUUGCUGCCCCAGUGAUCCAGAGCCUGUCGGCGUGAGUCCUGCCUCCUCUGUGGAGUCUUUGGACACCGCUGUAGAUGUCACCACCCAAGAGUCUUAUCCAAAAGUCCAUCCUAACACCAUGCAGGGAGAAUCUGAAGAGGAACGAUCUGCUAUCAAGAGGCCUGGUUCUGUGUGUGGACUUGAUAUGGCUCUCAGCUUGCUUAAAAGCUUUGAAUAUCACCCUCUCCAGAGUCACAGAGGGAGUCGAAUUCCUGUGCUCCUCAAAUCUAAUUCUACACCCAUGGAGAGUCCUUACCCUCUGCUGCAGGUGCCUCCCAUUGGGAUAGAGUGUCCCAUUUCUCCCCAUCUUCCAGAUGCUACUUCCAGCAUCCAGCAGGAGCUUCAGUUUGAGUUGGCAGAAAUGGAAGACCUGUGGUUGGAUGAGUAUGCGCAGUGCAAGCCAUUGGGCCUUCAGAAGAGGUUGAUUGAGGAGCAGCAGUGUCAGCUGGUGGAGUACGAGAACGCAGCGGGUCAGUGUGUGAGCGAGCUGCAGAAGGCCCAACAGCAGGUCCAGUCUCUCCAGACCAAGAUCCGAGAAAGCGAGGCUAGUAAUAAGAAGUUGCAACAGAGGCUCGGAGACAUGGAAAGUGAACUACGCUCUCUCAGAGAAGCAGCAUGUGGUCAGGAGAGAACAAUACAGACCUUGAGUGACUCACUCAACACUAAAGACUGUGAGAUUACUGAUCUCCACCGUCUUACUGAAGAACAGAAGGAACUUCUGCGCUCCAUGAAGCAACAGAACAACCAUUACCAGCUUCAGCAGCAGCAGGUGCCUGGAGUGGCUCCGAGUCGUAUGCAGGCUGAUCUGUUGGACCUCCAGGGCUCUUUGUUCUCAGCCCAGCUGGAGCUGCAGGGCCUUCAAAGGGCACAGCAGCAGGGCCAGAGGCGAGAAGAAGACCUGGCUCGUGCAAACCAGCGCCUGCAGACUGACCUGCAGAGAGCCCUGCAACAGCACCAAGAGGGAGAAAGACACAACCAGGAUCUACAGGCUGCUCUAGAGAAGGUCCGCCUUGAGGUACAACAAAUGGAGGAGAAAUGGAGAGACGAAUGGAGACAACGAGAAAAAGAGGUUGAAGAAAGAGAGAGGACCAUCCGAGAACUGAAGACCUCACUAGAGCACAAAGAACGUCUGAUAGAAGACUACAGUGAGCUGGUGGAUGGUCAGAAAGAGCCUGUCGGGAAUAGAGACAACCUCAUCCACAAGCUCAAACAACGCAUUCAGGAAAGAGAUAGAGCGCUGGAGAGAGCGAUAGACGAUAAGUUCACGUGCAUGGAACAGAAGGAAGACGAGGUGCAUAAACUCCAACUGCUGCUGAGAGAGAAAGAAAGAGACCUGGAGAAACUCCGAUGUGUGCUUUCCAACAACGAGGAAACCAUCACGAGUCUGGAGUUGUUGCUGCGUGGUAAAGGUUUAGAGCUGGAGCAGGUGUGUGAGGCCUGGUGCAAUGCUCAGGGCAUUCAGCGUGAGAGAGAAGAGUCACACAUACACAGCCUGAGAGAACGAGACACUUUAAUCAGCCAGCUGCAGACGUCGCUGCACACAUGCACCAAAGAGGCGGAGGAGAUGACUGCGGUUCUUCUCAGUAAGGUGUCAGUCGGGCCCACUGAGGUGGCUGAGGAGCUCAAGUCUCGGCUUCAGCUCAAAGAGCGUUUGUUCCAGGAGCUGCUGUCGGACCGCAGCAGACAGACUCAAGAGCAUCACUCACAGGUCCAAGACCUGCUCAACACCAUCGGUGCAAGAGAGCAGUACAUCAAGGAUUCUGCAGGGCGUGUGGGUCACGUGAUGGCUGAACAGACCGCUCGAUUGCAGGAGCUGCGUAGGCAACUUGGGUCAGCUAACCCACAGUUGACUGAAGCAGACACACAAACUCUUCAGGACGAGCUCCGACUGACUCUCCGCAGAGAAAGAGAGGCCCAGAACCAGCUUACCGACCUGCAUGCCACCUUCGCAUCCCACCAAGAACAACUCAAGACCCAGGCUUCAGAUAUAGAAGCUUUGAGCAGGACUUUGAGCAUCAAAGAGGAAAUCAUCAAGGACUUACAGAUGCAGUUGGUGGAUCCGUCAGAUUUACCGCUGGUAGAGCGACUGACCCAAGAGCUACAGAUGCUGAGAGAGAUGGUGGAACAUCAGGACGCCACUUGCAUUAAUCACAAGCAGGCUGUUUUGGAUCCUCCGGUGUCCAUGGAAACAGGACAGGCGGCUAAAUCCCAUGUUGAUUUUGGAGAAUUCACAUCAGAUGAUGGAGAGGAGGAUGAUGAAGACUGCAAUAGUGAGUUUGCGGACAGUGCUGAAGACGAGGAGCGCUCCAAACUGACAGCUCAGGCUUUGGUCAGCGUGCAGAGCUGUGAUCAGCAUAGAGGUCUUAGGGGUUGCCAGGAUGCAGUAGCUGAGGGUCCAGGGCUGGUGGAGGUCAAGCUACUGGUGGAGCAGAAGAGGGCAGUAGAGAGAGAACUAAUGGAGCUCAAGUCCCAGUUGGAAAAGGCUGGUUUCUCCUCUCUCUCUCAAAUGAGGAAAGCUUUCUUCACUCUACGCUCUGAAAAUGAAGAGCUCAAGAUUAUGGUGACAGGAAAAAAGCCUCAGAAUAAUGGACAGAAGACGACAUCAGAUAGAUGCGAUGGACAGCUGGUGGAUGCAGUUGGUGUAGAGCCUAAUGAAAGGCAGCCAGUGUGUGACCAGACGGUGCGACUGAAGUCUGACCUUGAGCAGGUCCAACUGGAGAGCAGAGAGCUUCAGGAGAGACUCAUGGUGUCAGAAGCCACAGUUCAAGCUCAAGCCGAACAACUUAAAGACUACAGAGAACUCCUCACGGAAACAUCAGUACAGCAGGACAAUAAGCAGGUCCAGGUGGACAUCCAGGAUCUGGGCUAUGAGACGUGUGGCCGCAGUGAGAACGAGGCAGAGAGAGAAGACACCAGCAGCCCAGAGUUUGAUGAUCUGGAGCUGUGCACAUCUCUUACAUAUCGUGAUGGAGGGUCUCAGUGGUGGGGUGGCUCCAGCUCACUGAACUCUGGGAAGACUGAACAUGACGUGACGUACCUGCAGCAGCUGGUAGAGGACCUGCGUGGUCAGCUCUCCCAAUCUCAGGCUCUGAUCAGUAGAUUGCAGGCCCAAAUGCGUGUUCACACUCCAGUCAGCACUCCUCGUAAGGUCAACUGGGGCUUGGACAACUCUGAGGCACAGAGCACAGCUGAGGAGGACGAGGGCUGGCAGUCGUCUGACGGCUUCGGGUCUCUCCCCCGCCAGCCAAAGCAAGACAGAGAGCUGCAGGAGCUCGUCUCCCGUGUGACAUCACUGGAGGAGCAGCUCAGGAAGGGCAAAGGUCAUUCAGAAGUUGGCAAAGCUGUGAACUGGCCAGGUAAGUUUGACACGCUGAUCCAAGCACAGGCCCGUGAGCUGUCUCAUCUGCGUCAGAGGAUGCGGGAGGGCCGUGGAGUGUGCCAUAUUCUGACUCAGCACCUGGGAGACACCACCAAGACCUUUGAAGAGCUGCUGCGCUCAAAUGACAUCGAUUACUACAUGGGACAGAGCUUCAGAGACCAGCUCUCCCAGAGCAUCUCACUCGCUCAGAGAGUCAGCACCAAAAUCAGCGGCCGGGAUCACUCUGAAGUCCCAGAUGACAAAUCAGGCCAUGAGCUGCUCGCAAUACGGCUAAGCAAGGAGCUACAACAGAAAGACAAACUCAUCGAGUCGCUACGCUCCAAACUUGACCAGCAGCAACGAUCAGAUACGCCUACUAGCAGUCAUGCCCUCUCUGUGGCCACAGACCAAUCGGACAGGACCUCUUUUGUAUCAGAUGACCACGGCUCAACCAAUGAGGAUCUAGAGCUGUGCUCCGAACUGGAUGCUGCCAGCGAAUAUGGCCAAGAGGAGGCAGCAAGAAGUGCCACAGACUCACAUGAUCAUAGAGGUCCUGCCUCAUUACAUACUUCCAAUCCUCCAUCUAUCACUUCAUCACACAGCCACCAGUCCUCCAACACCUGUCCCAGCAUGCACUGCACACCACAUAGGCUAAUGGAAACCCAGGCACAGACAGGCCUCUCUACUGUACCUCUGUCCAGCUCCAUUUCUUUCUCCACCUCUCUCCACUGUCCUCAAAUGUCUUCUCCACCUGUGUUUGAUCCUCAAACUCAACCCUUGAGAUCCCGUCACCCUUAUGGUGGGGGAUUUUCACUGGCAGAGGUUCACCAAGAGCUUCAAAUGCUCCAGAGACAGCUUGGAAACAGCUACCAUGGUCCUCAGAUCAAACCCCUUCAUGCGUUCCCACUGGGCCAUACUCAGCCUGACCACAACAGCUUACACCCACUAUCCCAUCAUGCCUUUGAACAGUCACCUUUCAGCAGUCAGCACACCAGUCCUGCUAUGAAAUCAGGGGCAAGCCUUCUGGAAAGCAGUGCAAUGUGGGAUAUGAUGUAUGGCCCAAGACCUUUAAGACCAGGCACGUAUGGAGAUGUGUCCUCUGGUUCCUCUGGAUAUCAGUCAGGCCAUACAGGCACAGACUUAAUGGAAGAACACUUAAGGGAGAUUCGCACUCUCAGACGGCGUCUAGAAGACUCUAUCCAGACCAAUGACCGUCUGAGACAACAGCUAGAGGAGAGACUGGCCUCCUCUGGGCGAAACGGAGCAGGGGGAGCGCCCACUAACAUCUAUAUCCAAGGCCUUGAUUCUGUCACUCAACUGUCCAAUGAGAUUCGAGUGCUGAAAGAAGAAAAUCAUGCCCUGCAAACCCAACUCCAGCAGGCCAGGACAGAUGGCGGUAAAGAGGUGGAGCGGCUAAAAGAGGUGGUUCUGUCUGUGCGUGGCCAGUUAAAGCAGGCGGAGCUAGAGGCGGACCGCUGGGCGGGUCAGUGUAGUCGGCUGCAGUCUCAGGUUAGAGAGCAGGCUCAGGCAGUACUGCAUCUCAAACAGGAGAAACAGAACAGUCUGGACAACAGCACCAGGCUACAGCAUGAAGUGAAUGUUCUCCAGCAGCAGCUGAGUGAGUGUCAAUGUCUAGUGCACACGCUGCAGUGUGAACUACAGGUGUAUCAGAGAGUCUGUGGCACUACUGAGAGCAACACAGGCUCAGGAUUGAGUUUGACCUUUGACCUACGAGAGCGAGAGUCUAACAUACAUUUGUUGGAGCAGCAGUUGAGAGAGAGGCUGGAGCAGUGUAUGCCUUGUCCCUCAGCCAGGAAACAGCUCUUCCACGACCAAUCACCAUCUCCUCCUGUUCGAGAUACAGGGUUCUCCAGCCCUGCUUCACCAGCUGUGGAAACAGAUGAGCCAAAGUCUUCUGCUAAUGACACAUCUAGGUCUGGUGCUGAAGAUCUGGAGGCUGAGGCCCCUGAUGGCUCCUUUGCCUGCAAGACUGGGCGUCAUAUGAUUGGUCAUGUGGAUGACUUCAGUGCCCUGCAGCAGCAGCUACUGGAAGGGAAGGUUGUUAUCCGCAAGAUGGAAGCAGCACUGCAGUCCAGCACACAAUCACCUAACCUUCCAGAGGGUUUUAUGAGGAACUUGCACACCAGCACUAAGACACUGAAGCAGAUUCUGGAGGAGACAAGCUCUCUCUUAAGAAUGUUCUGGAGGGCGGCUCUGCCCAGCACUGAGGCCUCAGCCCAGCAGCUCAAAAAGGAGCAGUCUUUGAGAAACGAGGUUGUCGCACUGAGGCGUAAGUUGUCAGAACAAGAGCAGCUUCUCAGGGACACGAUGGAGAAUCUAAGGACCUCCAGUCGCACUAAAGACAGCAUGGAGCAAUUCAUCGUCAAUCAACUGUCGAGAACAAGAGAUGUGUUGAAACAAGCUCGCUCAAAUCUAGAGAAGAAUGAACUCAAGAUUGCCUCUCUUGGCUGCACCCCUCUCCCUUCAUCCUUCUGUUCGGUCUCACCCGCCCCUUCCUGGUCUGAUAGAGGUGAGGUCUCUGGAGCCUCCUUCCAACAUGCCUCCUCUCUUGGUUGGAAUUUCCUGACCCCUCACACUCAGGAUCAGCACAAAUCAAUGGCAGCCUCGUGGCCGGCACAGGGGAGUGACAGACAGCGCCUGCUACAGGUGUACUGCAGAACAGACUCAGGACCGAGUGCUGCAGUCUCUCCCUCUUUCUGAGUAAAUCAGAGUUGUAUUAUUUCACCCUAAGAUGCAUUAGAUGUCCUGUGUAGAUCUAUCAUUCUAGAUCUAUCAGUUAGCUUUAUUUUCUACAUAACCACCAAAAAGCUCUCAAAGUUGCAUUUGACUAGAUUAGUAUUAUUGAUGUUUGGAUUAGCAAUUAUGCCUUCAACCAAAGUAACAUCUUAUUGGUUUGCGUUUGGUGUUAGAGUUUAUAUUGAACCAGCAACACAAGUAACGUGCAAUUAUACUGUGCUACCAGCCAGACCUGCUACACUGUAAAUGAAAGUCACCCCAGGGACGAGCUGAAGACCGAUGGUGCAAUAUUUGAAUCAGCCUGCUACUGAAAUCUUGAAACUGGAAUAUCCCAAUAAGAGAGAUCUUUGUUUGUUUUGUGUUAUUGCCAAAGUUUGAGUCUAUUGCUUUUAAUGAACUAAUCCUCUGCUGUGUUUUGUCCCAUUAAACCUAAUGUACAUUUUUUUACAUUUCUUUUCCUUGAAUUUAAUUUUCUUUCUUUUAUUGUUUUUUUUUUAAUUUAUUUAUUUUUACUGUUUUUAUCCUUUUUUAUGUAUAAUUUUCCUGUACUGGAGAGUAUUUUUUAAUUACUUUUUGGUUUUGGUCCAAAAAAGGGAAAAAAAAACUAAAUCAGUGUUUUAUAUUUCUAUUUGCUGUAUCAGCUCUUCUUAAUGGACCAUUUUUAUUUUGUUUUAUUGUUUGUUUCGCUUUUUGUUUUCUUUUCAUGUAUUUUAUUUUGUUGUUUGGUUUGUUUAUUUUUGUUUGUUUUGUUUCACUUUUUUGUUUUCAUUUACUUUGUUACUUGGUUUGUUUUGUUUAGUUUUGGUUUUUAUUUUCUUGUUUUGUUUUAUAAUUGGCUUGCAAUGUCUGUAAACUGGUUCCCAUGAGAUAAAAAGACUCGCUUGAAACAUUAUCUCAAGUUACUGAGUUAACAUUACUGAGUUAGAUAACUAUUUUGUCAGACACUGCAGACAAUUUUGCAAAUUGUAGAUUGUGAAAGACAUAACGCUACACGUGCAUAGCUUUACUGUUCUAACUGUAUGUGUGUUUGAAAGCCUGUUGCUCUUGCAUGAACCACACAAAUUACACUGUCAUUUGCAGUAUUUCAGUAUUCCACAAUAGUGCAAGAACUCCUGGGGUUUCUUCUGUAUAUGUGUAAUGAUCUGGUGCCAUUUUGUUUGCUUUGUAUAUUAUGUAUUUGUUUAUGAGACGCCUGUUUGUUGAUGUCAUUAGGUCAGGCAUGCACGUGUUAUGACAAAAGAGAGCCAUGGGCCAUUUCAAGUCAACCUUGCACUCAAUGUUCUAUGACAAUCAACUAAUUCUCAGAGAGGUUUGUAAUUUUGGAAUUUCAUUGGUUUAAAGUAUUGGUAGCAAUGCAAUUGAUUUUAAAUUUCCCUUUGUAAAUUAAUGUAAACUGAGUGAGGGUUGAUAAUGGGUAAUGCAUGUGUAUUUCAGGGAAAAGUGAGGAGGAAACUCAAAACAAAAAGGGACGAUUUAAUAAAAAGGGAAUCAUA